ACACAUACUUUCUUUUUACUUUCUUUUUUAAUAAUAUAAUAAAUAAUGACUGGUACUAAUUAUACCUCGAUUGAAGCCGUUCCUUCUAUUAUUCAAUCCCUUCGCACCCAAUUUAACACUGGCCUGACAAAGGAUGUUGCAUUCCGUAAGCAACAGUUGGCGAAUAUGAUUCGUUUCUGUAACGAAAACAAUGAACUCUUAUGUGAUGCACUUUGGAAAGAUUUACGUAAGCAUCCUAUGGAGUGCGAUGUGGGCGAGAUCUCUCCCAUUGUGGAUGAAUGUGAAUUUAUGAUCAAGAACUUGGAUAAAUUCACCAAGCCUACUUAUACCACCAAGCGAUUCAUUAUGAAUGCUACCGAUAAGACCUUUAUUCGAAAGGAGGCUAAAGGUGUUGUCCUUGUCAUGGGUGCUUGGAACUAUCCCGUUAAUUUGCUCUUGAUGCCUGUUGUCGGUGCCAUUGCAGCUGGUAAUUGCAUUGCUAUUAAGCCUUCCGAAGUUUCUCAACAUACUGCUGAAUUGAUGGCAACUAUCUUACCAAAGUAUCUUGAUCCUCGUGCCUACACUGUGAUUACGGGUGCGAUUCCAGAAACCACAGCUGUUUUAGAAAACCGAUUCGAUCACAUUUUCUAUACCGGUAAUGGUCUUGUGGGUAAGAUUGUUAUGACGGCAGCCGCCAAACACUUAACUCCUGUCACACUUGAAUUGGGUGGUAAAUCACCUGCCAUUGUCACUGAAGAUGCAGAUGUAAAUAUCACGGCGCAUAGACUCUUAUGGGGCAAGUUCUUCAAUAACGGACAAACUUGUGUUGCACCAGAUUAUGUCUUGGUUGCUAAAAGCAAGCUCGAGCCCUUAUUAGAAGCCUUCCGUAAAACCAUUGUAGAAUACUACGGUCAAGAUGCCCAAAAAUCCGGGUCUUACGGUCGUAUUGUUAGUACGCGUCAAUUUGACCGAUUAAAGGGGUUGCUCGACAGUUGUGAUCCCUCUACCAUUGUGAUUGGCGGAGAGACAGAUCGUGAAGAUCUCUACAUUGCCCCUACUAUUGUUAGCCCCGUGACUCCUGAUAACGCUUUGAUGCAACAAGAAAUCUUUGGCCCCAUUCUUCCUGUGAUUCCUGUAGAAGACAUGGACGAAGCCAUUGCCUUUGUGAAUGGCAGAGAUCAACCUUUAGCGCUCUAUAUCUUUGCCAGUGCCAAAUAUAACUACAACAAGAUUCUGGACAAUACGUCAUCGGGUGGCGUGCUUGUGAAUGACAUCUUGAUGCAUCUUCAAGAACUCUCUUUGCCCUUUGGCGGUGUCGGACCUUCCGGUAUGGGAGCUUAUCACGGAGAGAAAUCAUUCGAGACUUUCACCCAUUUAAGAUCGACCAUGGUGAAGGAUUUAAUGUCAGAGCCUGUUGCUUCUUGCAGAUAUCCUCCUUACAAUGAAGACAAAGGAAAAAUUCUCGGUGUCUUGGUGUAUGGUUUACCUACUGGUGUGGGAGCCAAGAUCUCUACCGUGGGAAGUGUAUGUGGUGCCUUCUGGAACUUUAUGCUUAACAAGUCUUCAACUAGUGGUGAUAGCAAAUUAUAGACAUCAUAACAAAAUAAUAUAAAUAAUGCGUAAUAAAAAAAAAA